UAGAAACAGUCUCGCGUGAUGCAGAAUUCCCGCGAGAAAACAGUACGAGUAAGGAGGAAGAAGAGCGUGUUGUUUGUUUAGGUUUUCGCAGACAAAAUGGGGACUCUUUCCUCCUUUGUCUGUAUGUUAGGACUGUUUGUCCUGCUUGCGAGCACCUCAGCAUCUUCAGAUGUGUUCGACAGUGUUUUGGGAAACACAGUAUCCUGCCAUAAGUCAUGUGAACUGACAUACAGUUUGCACACGUAUCCACGGGAGGAGGAACUCUAUGCCUGUCAGAGAGGCUGCCGUCUAUUCUCCAUUUGUCAGUUUGUUCGUGACAGCGAAGAUCUAAAUCAGACCAAGUCCGAGUGUGAAUCAACCUGUCAUGAAGCCUACACCCGUUCUGAUGAGCAGUAUGCAUGCAAUCUGGGCUGUCAGAAUCAGCUUCCAUUUGCUGAGCAACGUCAUGAGCAGUUGGAAGCCAUGAUGCCCAGGAUUCACCUGCUGUACCCCCUGACUCUGGUCAGAGGGUUUUGGGAGGAUGUAAUGAGUCAGGCACACAGCUUCAUCACUUCCACGUGGACAUUCUACCUCCAGGCUGAUGAUGGCAGAGUUGUAAUUUUCCAGACUGAACCCCAAGUUAAGUUUUUCUCCCAAUUUGAAGUGGAAACCGACAUUAAAGAAGACCCACAGAAGACCUUCCCUGGGUUAAGCCCAGUUUACAAAGAAUACCAUCGCACUUUAAUCCAGGAGAGGGACAGAGACAUGACCGGGGACCGCAGCUAUAAUGAUGAUAACCUCUUCAGCUGUCUUUCAAGAAACCCUUGGCUACCAGGUUGGAUCCUAACCACAACCCUGAUCCUGUCUGUGCUGGUCCUGAUCUGGAUCUGCUGUGCCACUUUGGCAACUGCUGUAGACCAGUAUGUACCUGCUGAGAAAUUGAGCAUCUAUGGUGACAAGGAGUAUGUAAAGGAAGAGAAACUGACUCCAUACCCAGCAUCCUCCCUGCUGAUCAUUACCUCCAAAGGGCCAGAAGAGGAGGCCGGGCCACUCCCUUCCAAAGUCAACCUGGGCCAGUCAGACAUCUAGAAACCAAGCUGUAGCAAAGAAAGAAAUUCCUCUUUUAGGAAUAAUAUAUUGUUGAUUUCUUUUACUCAGGCACACCUGUGCUUCUUUUGGUCCGAACAGGAGUGACUUCUUGGAAAACAUUUUGUAUUCCUGAGUAAAAUGUCUUUUGGGAUUUUUCUUUCAAGGUGUGCAUUAGCUUUCUGUUGGUAUGCUUAUUUUAAUGAAUAUUGGGUAAAUGAACUGUUAGUGACUGGAAGUAAUGCAGGUUUCUACCCAUAACCUCAACUUUUGGUAAAAAUAGAUAGAGCUAAUAUUGCAGACUCUCCCUGUUUGUUCUGUUUUUACUGCAGUGAUUUACAGCUGAUACUGAAUUUUACAAUAAAAUUCUUUACCCUUAAUCUUAAUUAAUAUUGACGAUCCACACA